AACAACGUGUGACGCAAACACGCAUUUUUGCGAAAUGUAAUCGAAGCCUUUUCCAUUGUGUUGAAGUAUGGCUUUUGCAAAAAUGAUCGCACAGGGUAUGCUGUUACAAAGAGAAGAGCCUAAAUGUGCGAGGAAAAGACAACAAAGUGUACUCGAAAAGUCACCAUGUUGCGAGGGCGAUGUGUGUUAAUAAAGUUGGUUCAAACUGAUGACGUCGUGGAUUCCACGUUGGCCCGGACGUGGCAGUAGUUGUGAAUCAGAGCUACAGGACCAGUGUAGCAUUUAUCCCACUUUACCUCCUCCUCUGGCUAAUAUCAGUGCUAGUUCUAUAGAUUCAAACACCCUCGGCUAGUUAUGGGGCUCACCAUCUCGUCAAUCUUCGGCCGGCUGUUUGGCAAAAAACAGAUGAGGAUUUUGAUGGUUGGGCUUGAUGCUGCCGGAAAGACGACUAUCUUGUACAAACUGAAGCUGGGUGAAAUUGUAACCACCAUCCCAACCAUUGGUUUCAAUGUGGAGACUGUAGAAUAUAAAAAUAUCAGUUUCACUGUAUGGGACGUGGGUGGCCAGGACAAGAUCAGACCCCUCUGGAGACAUUACUUCCAGAACACACAGGGUCUCAUCUUUGUAGUGGACAGUAAUGACAGAGAAAGAGUGGCAGAGUCUGCGGAAGAGCUCUCAAAGAUGUUGCUGGAGGAUGAAUUGAAAGACGCUGUUUUGCUGGUGUUUGCUAACAAACAGGACCUCCCCAAUGCCUUAUCAGUCAGCGAACUCACAGAUAAACUCGGCCUACACGCCCUCCGCAACAAAACUUGGCACAUUGAGUCAACCUGCGCCACCCAGGGCACUGGGCUGUAUGAAGGACUUGACUGGCUAUCCAAAGAGCUUUCCAAGAACUAAUGAAGGAUUGGCUGGACAGAUGAGAGAGAGAGAGAGAGACUGAACACCACAGGACAGGAGAGAAGGCACAGAAAUUCAAUCAAGACACAUUUGGUCUUCCAGCACCAAUGGUCAAAAAAGGACAAGGCUGGUGGACAAUAUAAUCAUCUUUGGGAAAUCUUACUAUCUCAUUUCUUAUUUUGUUUUCAAUACUAUUACCGUAUUAUCUCUUGACAUAGUCUCUACUUUUCUUCCUUUGUUCCCAAACUCUUACAUGGUAACAAGUUGUAAUCACUUGCAUGAUGAGCAAAUGGCCUAUUAGGGAAAUUGAAUGGAAAUUAAUAAAUGAAUAGCAUAAAGGGAGUUGUUUUUCCACUUGACACCUUGGCUCCUGUUUAGGCAGCGUUUGCAGUAAUCAACCACUUGUAUAUUUUUUGGACUUACUUAUAGUCAUUGUCAAGCCUAGGUUGGGGGAUAUGAUAAUAUAACCCUAGAGUUUUGGGGAAGGACAACUUGUAGGCUGCCACAGGUUGUUUGUCUCUACAACCCCUCGUGGAUAUUUGACUCCCUUUCAGAACUGACUCUUUGCUCUUUACUGCUAUGACCUCAAUCUCAUGCCAACUCAUUUCUCUAAAGGUCCAUAGCUCAUAGAACGAGAACAAUGAGGAUUGCAGUGAUAUCACAAGUAGAUAUUGUUAGUAGUGUGGAACUACAUGGCCUCCCAGUAAAUGGAUCCAAAAAGGAACAUUGUGCCUUCUGGUCCCUAUUUACACAAAUCUGAGUAAUCCUUUCCUUAUCUCAUUCUUAGGUCAUGCUCCCUCCUAAGAUGCUUUUGUGACUUUUUUUGCUUGUGAAAGACAAAAUAAUGCAAUAAGACACUUCCUUUUGUUCUGCAAUGUAUGCUUUGGUGCAGCAGAACAACAGUAGUGCAGGUGUAAAUUGCUUCCUUUCAACUUGACUUCACCAUUGUCCAGGAUUUUAUCCUAUUAGAACUUGUGAAUUUGUCCUCAGUCCUCUUCCUUCCCUUUUUUAACAACCACCAUGAUAAAAGAUUUAAUUCAAAUUUCAGUUCUUCUAUCCUCUUGAACAGUAAAUCUUUUUAAAGCAAAAACUAGGAAGGAAGCGUGUUUUCAAUUAUGACACAAGGCCGGUGUCAGCGUGACUCAGUAAAGUAUGUUUUCUGCUGUUGUUAAUGUUUUUUUUUUUUUUUUUUUUUUGGCUGUGCUUAGUGCUGAGUUUAUUGUACUGACUGCUGGCAAAUACUGUAUUAUAUUCUCCCCUUCUAGAAACCCAAAAACAUACCUGCCCAUCGAUUUAUUUGGGUGUACAUUCCAACCUUUGCUUGCAGAUGCUGGAGCCACCACUCUUAAAAUUAAUCGCUAAAAAUAUUUUACAAAAAAAGGUCUGAAUAAAGCCAGUGUUUAAAAAA